GCGAUCCUCUCACCUUGGCCUCCCAAAGUGUUGUGAUUUCAGGUGUGAGCCACCACACCCGGACCAAAAUAUUGAACACGCAGCACCGAUUCAGCAGCCCCAUGUGUGGGAUCUGACAGUCGCACUCAUAGAAAUUUGGCGGUCGCGGGCUAUGGAGGGUAGCUCCUCAGAUAGCGGAGCGCCGCCCGAGGGGCUGGCGGAAGAGGCCGAGCCUCAGGGCGCCGCCUGGAGCGGGGACAGUGGCACUGUGUCCCAGAGCCGCAGCAGCGCCUCGGGGCCGUGGGGGGACGAGGGCGCGGAGGACGGUGCGCCGGGCCGCGACCUGCCGCUGCUACGCCGCGCCGCCGCCUGCCUGCUGUCCCGGGCCGGGGCGCGGCCCGAGGUCGAAUCCCUGGACGCGAGCCUGGAGGACCUGCUCACCAGACUGGACGAGUUCGUGGACAUGCCGGACAUGCUUCGCGGCGACUCGUCCCAAGUCGUCAGCCAGGGCGUGCCGCGCAUCCACGCGAAGGCCGCCGAGAUGCGGCACAUCUGCAGCAGGAUCGACCGGCUGGAGGCCUUUGUGAGGAUGGCGGGCGGCCGCGUGGCCAGGAUGGAGGAGCAGGUCACCAAGGCCCAGGCCGAGCUGGGCGCCUUCCCCAGGGCGUUCAAGAAGCUCCUGCACAUGAUGAACGUGCCCGCGCUCUUUAGCAAGUCUGCUCCCUGGAGGCCACAGCAAGCCGGCUACGAAGCCCCCGUUCUGUUUCGGACCGAACACUACUUCCCAUGCCACCAGGAGAGGCCAGGUUGGGUGAGGAUUCCUGGGGGUGAAGUGUGCCACCAGCCCAGAGUCAGUGUCAGUCGCCCCUCGAGGGUUGUGGUCCAAACUGGAGGAGCCCUCUUGAUACGUUUGAAAGUUCAGAAUCUCCAGUUUGAGGAUGGGACACAUGUGAUGUUGUCCCGGGGGGCAGUGCGCUCCCACCGUCUGCUGGCAGGAGGCGCUCUCAUCGUGCCUCAGUUCCUCUCAAGGCUGAUGAGAUGA